CGGCGUCCGCUCCGUUCGAACCUCCGAGUGUCUGCGUCUCUGCUGCGGCUGCGUUGCGCACAGGCUGGAGAGCGAUGACAAGAGCCCCGCGGAACUGGCCACACAAACAUGGAUCUCCCUAAAACGCUGAUGUCGGUGCUUUGGAUAUUAUUGCUGAACCGAGUAGAAGACUGUAACGCAGAAGAAGUGGUGCUGCUGAACUCUAAAGAGACUCAGGCUGAGCUGGGCUGGACGUCAUAUCCCCCCAAUGGAUGGGAGGAGAUAAGUGGCGUGGAUGAGAAGUACAAGCCUAUCCGCACGUACCAGGUGUGCAACGUGAUGGAGCCCACGCAGCAGAACAACUGGCUGCAGACCGGCUGGGUGGCCCGCCGAGGCGGCCAGCGCAUUUUUGUGGAGCUCCAGUUCACGUUGCGAGACUGCAACAGCAUCCCAGGCGUCGCAGGCACCUGCAAGGAGACCUUCAACCUCCUGUACGUGGAGUCGGACAGAGACCUCGGCGGCGUGACCCGAGAGGACCGCUACACCAAGAUCGACACCAUUGCUGCCGACGAGAGCUUCACGCAGGGCGACCUGGGCGAGAGGAAGAUGAAGCUGAACACGGAAGUGCGAGAAAUCGGCCACCUCAACCGCAAGGGCUUCCACCUGGCGUUCCAAGACGUCGGCGCCUGCGUGGCCCUGGUGGCCGUGAGGGUGUACUACAAGCGCUGCCUCGCCACUGUGCAGAACCUGGCGGUGUUCCCUGACACGGUGGCAGAGGCAGCCUUCGCCACGCUGGUGGAGGUGCGCGGCGCCUGUGUCAACAACUCCGAGGUCGACACGGACAGCCCUCCCAGGAUGCAUUGCAGUGCCGAAGGGGAAUGGCUGGUGCCCAUUGGGAAAUGCAGCUGCAGCGCCGGUUACGAGGAGGGACACAGCAGCUGUGAAGCGUGUCCUGCUGGCUCCUACAAGAUGUCCUCCAGGCAGCAGGAGUGUUUCCCCUGCCCAGCCAACAGUGUCGCGGAGGAGGAAGGAUCUGUGGUGUGUGCAUGUGAGGAGGACCACUUCAGGACUCCUUUGGACACUCCCUCAGCGCCAUGCACGCGCCCUCCCGCCCCUCCUAGAGAUCUGAUCUACACCCUGAAGCAGUCGACAUUGAUCCUGGAGUGGGCGGCGCCGUCCGACACAGGUGGCCGCCUGGAUCUGACCUACAGCGUCGGGUGCCGGCGGUGUCUCGCGAGGCAGUGUGAGCCGUGCGGGGCAAGUGUCGGCUUUGUGCCUCAGCAGGUUGGCCUGACUGAGAAUACGGUGACCGUGGUCAAUCUCCUUCCAAACACCAACUAUACCUUCACUGUUGAAGCCUUAAACGGAGUGUCAGAACUGCUGCCCAAUAAGAGGUUCUACACACAGGUCAACGUGUCCACAAGCCUUCCUGCGCCGUCUCUGAUCAGUGAGCUGCGAGCGGAGAAGAUCGAGCAGAAGAGCAUAACGCUGGUGUGGAGGGAGCCCUCCUACCCAAACAGCAGCCGCACCGAAUACGAGGUCAAAUACUAUGAGAAGGAACAAAAGGAUCAGAGUUAUUCUACGGUGAAGACGGCCGCCACUCGCAUCAGUGUCAACAACCUCAAACCUGGCACCACAUAUGUCUUCCUCAUCCGCCCGCUGUCCACGCCGGCCUCCUCCUCAUCCCUGUCCUCAUCACUCUCCUCAUCCUCUUCUUUGUCUUCCUCUUCCUCUUCUUCCUCCUCCUCCUCUUCUAACCCUUCCUCACCCUCCUCAUCCUCAUCGUCCUCCUCUCCGCCGCCUAUCGACUACGGGGCGUACAGUGCUCCCCUGGAGUUGCAGACACUUGGCGAGCUGGCUCUGGCGUCCAGCGAGCAGAACCCAGUGGUGAUCAUCAUUGUCGUGUCCGUGGCUGCCCUGAUCAUGCUGCUCUCCAUGGGAGUCGGACUGCUCAUCUGGAGGAGCAGCGUCUGCUCGGGCUCCUCCAAUGUAACUCCUGCUAGUGUGGUGCUGCUCUCGACCUCCUUCUCCACUCUUCCUCCUCCUCCUCCUCUUCUCUCUCCUCUUCCUCCCUUCACUCAGCUGAUGCCCAGACAAUGUGGCUACAGCAAGGCUUCUCAAGAGGGGGACGAGGAACUCUACUUCCAAUUUAAGAUCCCAACGCGGAGGACCUACAUUGACCCGGAGACCUGUGAGGACCUGCUGCAGGCUGUGCACGCCUUCGCCAAGGAGCUGGACAACUCCAGUAUCAAGAUAGAGAGAAUAGUACAUACAGGCGACUUUGGGGAGGUGUGUCGAGGCUGUCUGAAGCUGCCCAGUAAAAGAGAGCUGCCCGUGGCCAUAAAGACAUUAAGGGCCGGCUGCUCAGACAAACAGCGCCGCUCGUUUCUAAGCGAGGCUGGAAUCCUGGGGCAGUUCGACCACUCCAACAUCAUUCGACUGGAAGGCGUCAUUACCACAGGUAACACCAUGAUGAUCAUAGUGGAGAACAUGUCCAACGGAUCGUUGGAUUCCUUCCUGAGGAAACACGAAGGCCAGCUGAGUGUGAUGCAGCUGAUGGAUAUACUGACCGGCGUGGCGUCGGGGAUGAAGUAUCUCACCGAAAUGGGCUUCAUCCACAAACGGUUGGCCGCACACAAGGUGCUGGUUAACGCCAACCUGGGCUGCAAGGUGUCAGGUUUCAGACCUCUACAGGACGACAAGAUAGAGGCCAUCUACACCACACUGCACGGAGGGAAGAGUGUGGUGCUGUGGACCGCUCCAGAAGCCAUCCAGUACCACCGCUUCUCCUCCGCCUCAGAUGUCUGGAGCUUUGGCAUCGUCAUGUGGGAGGUCAUGUCCUACGGAGAGAGACCCUACUGGGAUAUGGGCAACCAGGAUGUGAUCAAAGCCAUCGAGGAUGGUUUCAGGCUGCCGGCUCCAGUCAACUGUCCCCCACAUCUCCAUCAGCUCAUGCUGGACUGUUGGCAGAAGGAGAGGACGGAGAGGCCCAGCUUCAGCCAGAUCCACUCAGCCCUCAGCAAGAGCAUCCGCUCCCCCGACGGCAUCGGCUCCUCCACACUGGCGCGCAGGACUCUCAGUUCGUCCAUCACACUCGCAGAGCGACCUCUUCCGUCCUUCCCUUCCUUUAACUCGGUAGGAGAGUGGCUGGACGCAGUGGACAUGGGUCGAUACAAGGACAACUUCACCGCUGCAGGAUACUGCUACUUAGAGUCUGUGGCACGAAUGACUGUACAAGACGUCAUGAGCCUUGGCAUCACUUCCUUAGAGCACCAGAAGCUCAUACUGGCCGCCAUCCAGACGCUCAGAGCCCAGGUCAUCCAAAUGCACGGCCGCGGUGUGCAGGUCUAACACGGAGUCCACUCCACGAGUCCCGCGCCGCCGCCGCCGCCGCCGCAACAGACGGACGAUGGGAUGGAGGAGAGGGGGAAGACAGAGAGACAGAGAGAGAGUGCUCUUCUAGACUCCUCAUUCCCCACUUUUCCUCCUUUCUUUUUGUGAUAAUCCCCCUCCCUCCCCUCGCAGACGAGCAGUGUUCUUGUUGUGAUGAUGGGGUGAGAUUGGAGGAGUGACUCUUUUUCUUUUUUCUCUAUCUGAAGUGCGGAUAGAGGUCGAAUGAAAUGUAACGCAGGCUCUGUCUGUCCUGAAGCUGACCGACGGAGAUACACUGACUCACACUAGAUAUCGAUUAGUGUGCAAAGAGACACAUUUUUGGUGGAAUGUCCCUUUACCGCGACAUUGAUUCCCUUAAAGAAACACACGUUAUCAGAGUCCUGGAUCGAAGAACACUCUCCUCAGAAGUGGCACGGCUGAUUUUCUUUGUACAUCUUAUUCACUUUGAAGACACAAAAUGAAGUGAUCUCACAUCAGAACGUUACUGCAGAUUUGAACACGUCUGGAUUAUAAUCUGUGGUCUCAGAGCAAAGCAGCGUAAAAGACGACUGUGCUGUCCCACGCUGAGGCUCCGGUGGCUGCAGAGGAAGUUAAAGAGUGUUUGCCGGAUGAAUGGAGCGACAGUGAGACGUGGGUGAUGAUGAUGAUGAUGAUGUACGCUUGUUUCAGGAAUAUCACGCUGCUUUGUUUGUUUCCCCAUUUUGAGGUUAACUGGUGGUGACACAAAUGCUGCAGUGACUUUAGGAAUGGUGUGUCGUUUCUUUACAUCCGCGUGUCUUCACUUUCCUUCCUUUCGUGCGGAUGAAGCGUCAUUUUGCCGUUACUUUCUUCUCACUAAACACGAUCCUCUUCCACGUUGAAUCCUUUGUGCAGACGUCGGGGCGGACUCUGGAAGGACAGCCUGAUUCACUUUAUUUAUUCAUGUUUACAGAUUGUAACGCAGAUGUCUACGGAGGAGAUGCGACCGUGGUUUACUUCACUCAGCGGCGUAGGCGGAAAUGGGUUUUUUUCUGGGUGGGGCCGUACAAAAGUGGGCGGAUCAUCUUGUCGCAGAAAAAGAAAGAGUAAAAGUCGAGACCGAAAACACACACAUAAUUUGAAUAUCAUGCACUGCAAAGGCAAUAACAGCAACACAUUGGACAUAUGUAUUUAUAUAUACAGUAUAUAUAUAUAUAUAUAUAUAUACACAGAACAUGAACAUGUGAAUAUUUAUCAUUUUUGUAACAGAAUGUUUGUUUGACUGGAGUCGGCUGUGUGAGUGGGUGACUCAUGUGUCCACCCAGACUCAUUACUGGCUACGCCGCUGAUAUAACUUCAAGAUUUGAUCUUAAUGACGUCUUGUUUUUGAUUUUUCUUUGAUUUAGUGUUGAUUUAUUAUAUUAAGAUGACUGUGAAUUUGUCGUUUGCUACAGUUCAUUUAAAGUCCACGAUGAGUGGACGUGUCGUUUACAGUGCGAGUUGCAGUAUGGAUACAGAAUGUCCUGCAGAUGUUCAUUUGUUUGUGUCUCUGUCUCUGUUGUUUUAUCCCGUUUGAUUUCAUGUUGCACCAGUUCUAACCCUCACUUCUCUGUCUGUACAGUGAUCUGUAUUUAAAUGCAAAAAGGAGAUUGAAAGGAAGAAGUGAAUCGGGGCAUUAUCUGAUGACCACAUCAUCUUUUUAUUCAAUAUUGUAAAACUGAUUUGUAUUUGGUACAAGCAGAGUUUUUUUGGUGGUUCUCCUCGUACUCUCUUUCUGUAACUGUCAAAAAUAUCUGAGAAAAAAACCACACACACACACACACACACACACACAGUCAAACUGGACCUCGUCACCACGAUGAAUGAAACUCAAAUCUGUCUCUGUUUCCCCGCUCCCUUCUGUUACUGUAACCGUUCUGUUUAAUACUGUAAAUAUGUAUUUGAAAAUGCUAAAUCUAUUUUUAUAAUUUGUUUGAGGAACAACUUGUUGAAUAUAAUAUCUGCUCACUGUGUAAAGGUUUUCUUUGUUUGAAUUUAGGGCCAUAGCUGAGAAAACCCUGGUGUUUGGAUUAGAAAACGAAAAGGUUUUCUCCUUUCUUUCUUUUGUUUGUUUGUUUGUUUUUGAUGAUUUUUACUUGUUAGAUGAAAAUCUGAUGGCUGUUGCAAUAUUGAAACGUGUUAUUAAAAAAUCUCCAACACAG